GGUUGAGCAAUCAGACCGGGGCUUUAACCAGUGGCCUGAACGGAACUUCCUUCCUCGCCUGACAGCAAAAAAACAAAACAGCAGUCUUUUAUAAAUGGGGACUAUGUGGAGCUGUCAGUCGCUGGUUCAGAUUCAGAACGUCCAACACGGUUUCCACCAUCGGCAGCUUCACUAACAUCGACAUCAUGGUCGCUACACGGCUCUUCUGUGCGCUUCUCUUCUGUGCGCUUCUCCUCUGUGCGCUGCAGGAAACGGUGCCGUCGCAGCGCGGACAUUGCACCGGGAACCAGUGCUUUGCGUUCUUCCCGAGCCCCCUGGACUUUCCAGGCGCGAAGAAAAGCUGCGGAGACUUUAAGGGACAGUUAUUAAGUUCCAACUCGAAGCACUUCUUGAAGAUCCUGAAGGCUGCGCCCACAGGGAGGUACUGGUUUGACUCAAAAAAAAACUUCAGGUCGGCGGGGGAAGCCCUCCAGAUGUGCCCCUCCAUCUCCGUGUCGAACUCCUCGGUGCUGUGGGAGCCGUGCGGAGGCAGCCUGAGCGGGUUCCUUUGCCAGUAUCCGAUCCAGGAGCCCUGCAGUGAAGUGCCAGCGGGCACAGACAUACAGGUGAAGUACACCUUCGAGUUGUACGAUUCGAAAAUGUUCCAGAUGGGAACCAUCGCUGAAGCACGAAAGGUUGGCGCCAAAUAUCUAGACUCCAAAUAUGUGUGUUCCUCAAACAUUUGGAUGCAAGCUCCCUGGACCUGUGAGGUGUUUCAGGGCGGCUGUGAACACAACUGCAGUCCUACAACACACAGAUGCACCUGUCCUGUUGGGAAAACACUCCACCACAACAACAUUUCCUGCGAGGAAGGCAUGUGCGAGAAAAACCGGUGCGCGCGAGAAGGCGAGCAGUGCCAAAUCACCCCGGGAGGAUCCAAAUGCGUGUGCAAAGAGGGAUUCGAGAAAGAAGCUGGAGUAUGUGUGAACGUGACAAUCUGUGAACAUUGUGAGCACAUGGAUUGUAAGAAAUUCAACGGGGUUUAUGAGUGUGUGUGCAAGGAGGGGUUUUUGGUGUCACCCCAGGACCCAACCAGGUGUGAGGUGAUCUGCAUGGAGAGAGACUGCAAAGCCAUAUGCAUUAAGGGAGACAAGGACGAGUCUCAAUGUUUCUGCCCCAACGGCUACAUUUCAGACAUGAAGGACAACAAUUCCUUCUGCACGGACAUCAAUGAGUGUGAGGGUUGGCAGUGCGAUCAAGCGUGUGAGAAUUUAUUUGGUGGUUUCACGUGUCUUUGCUUUGAGGGGCAUUACAUGGAUCAAGAGAAGAACAAGUGUGUUCCCAUUGAGGAUGAGGGAUCAGGCUCUCAUCUUCCGUACCCGACCCCCGUCGGUUCUCACCCGGCCUCAGUGCCCACUUACAUCAAGACGGGCAGCGUCCUGGGCAUCACUUUAUUCAUGGCGCUGUGUGCAUUGCUGCUGUUUUUCCUCAUCCGAAACGCAGUCAAACGGUGCGGCAAAUUUGAGCUUUCCACCUUCAAACACCCAGAUAUUGAUAUUUUCUACCUGCAGCAGGUGACCACAGAGACGUAUAAGAGGCUAUCCUUCGACAAACUGUUUAAAAAUGACUGCUAAAUACUUUAUUUAACGAGUUUAAAGAACUAUGCUGCUCUUACACUUUUUACAAUGUCACUUUCCACUGGUUCAUGUCCUCUGAGACACAGGCAGUGUUAACGGGAAUCUGAUUAUUUAUCCAUAACGCUGCACCACACCACACACUGUAAAGUCAUAGAUAUUGGACUUGCUUUCUGAAUGUAUUAUAGAUUGCUUUAUGGAAUUGUUCCCACUGUAAUUUGCCCAAUUCUUAUGAGCCUUGUU